GCUCUCCUGCCCGUCCGCAUCGCCGUCUCCAAACCUGCCCAGCGCGCAUACCUGACAUCCGUCCUCUUCUUCAGCACCUGCUUUUUUCUCCUCAUUGUCUCCGUUGCCGCCUAUCUCGCCUUCUAUUGGACCUACAUCCCACGCAUAGGCUUCAGUCGCCCCAUCCACCUCCAAUUCGAUAGCCUCGAGUCUCCGCCAUGGGGUGUCGCGAACCUAGCCCCCGACCUGGUUAGUCUCCAGCCAUACGAUGUCAAGGUCCAAAUACGCCUGCCGCGCACCAAGACCAAUACUGAGAUUGGCAAUUUCAUGAUCGAGACGACUCUUUACGCACCCGGCGAAAAAGGCUCCGUCAUUGACGAUUCGCGCAUUCCCGUCGCAAAGGAUCCAAACACUUCCAAGAUUCUCGCCAGCUCGAGACGAUCUGCCAUCUUGACAUACUACUCGCCUGUCGUUGAUCUCGCUCGUAAGGCUACCGAGCUGCACUGGCUGAUUCUAGGCUGGCGGCUCGAAGCAGAAACACUCGAGAUCCCCGUCUUCAGCGGAGUCUCAUUUGCAAAAGGAUGGAGGAAUGUCCCGGAUACCAUGCAGAUACAAGUGCAAAGUCCUGCUCGAAUGCAAAUUUACGAAGCCAAUGUUGUUUUCAAGGCUCGUUUCCAGGGCUUGAGGUGGAUCAUGUACAACCAUCGCAUCACCAGCGCUAUCGUCUUCAUUGGCGCUUUUUGGGGCACUGAAGUUCUUUUUACUGCUAUCUGUUGGGCUAUCCUGAGU